GUCAAGAUCAGUUAACGACGACCAUAAUACGUUGAACGCGUCAAUUGAUAUUAUGUUAAAACCCAACAUUUGCUUAGUCGAUCUACAGCCAGUUUUCUUCUCUAUCGGCCUGUUUAUCUUUAUCAGGAAACUGCUGAAAAUCUAAACAUGGGGUUUAGUAGGGCCUUCAUGUUGGACAUGAUCCCCCAAGUGGUUGCUACUGUACUAGGCACCCUUAUGGCCGUAUCGGACGGUAUGACUUACGGAUGGACCUCGCCGAUGAUCCCUUACUUCAUGAGCAAUUCGAGCCACAUCGAAAUGUCCGAAAAUGACGCCGACUGGAUGGAGACCAUCAACUUGCUGGGUUAUGCCGCCGGGCUCCCAUUUACCAUCCUGAGCGUGGACCAUUUGGGACGAAAAAUCUCCAUGAUUUUAUCGGCUUUAUUGGGAUGCCUCUGCUGGAUCCUGUUGCUCAUAGCCGAGGACAUUAAGCUGCUCUACGUAUCUCGUUUCAUGGCGGGAAUGGCCGGUGACAUGUGCUUCGUGGCCGCCCCAAUGUACAUCGCGGAAAUCUCCGAUUAUCGCAUCAGAGGUUUCCUCUCAUCCCUCAUUUAUUUCAUGAUGAUCGUGGGGAUCGUGGUGGUGUAUUGCACCGGCAGUUUGGCUCCUUACUGGGUCACUCCUGCCGUGGGGAUUAUUUUGACAGCGGCACAGUCGGCUUUUGUCAUCUUCCUCCCGGAGUCUCCUUACUAUUACGUGUAUAAGAACAAAUAUGAGAAAGCUCGGAAGGCCUUAAGGAGGCUCCGUGCCCACGAGGACCUCGACGCCGAAAUGAAGGAGAUCCAACAGGAGGUGGAGCGGGAAAAAACGGAAAAAGGACGCCCGCAGGACCUGGUUCUGAUCAAGAGCAACCGUAAGGCCUUACUGAUCACUUUGCUGCUCAACGGGGCGCAGCACUUCGUAGGCAUAAGCGUGUUUCUCAUGAACCUUCAACUGAUCCUGGAACAGGCCGGUUCUGAGUACAUCGAGUCCACUACUGCCUCGAUUAUAUUCGCGGUGAUUAUGCUUCUGAGCACCGGGGCGGCCUCCACCAUAAUCGACAAAUACGGCAGGCGGUUCUUGCUGAUCACUUCCAGUUUACUGACGGGGUUCUCCUUGUUGGCCAUGACCAUCUUCUUCCAUUUGCAAUAUAAUAAUUAUGACGUCGCGGCGGCCAGUUGGAUUCCUGCGGCCAGCGUCAUGGUGUACGCGGCCACUUUUAAAGUCGGACUGGGGCUCGUGCCUAUUGUGGUCAUUGCGGAAAUAUUCCCCACGACGGUGAAGGCUUUGGGCAUGACGCUGUCCGAUGUGAUGUACGUCAUGGCCGCCGUGGUGUCUAUUUAUAUGUACCAGUUGUUGUCUGGACACUAUGGAUUGCACGUGCCCCUGUAUAUUUUUACGGUUUGCAGUUUCGCUAUGGUGGGGUUUACGUUGAUGUGGCUCCCGGAGACCAAAGGGAAGACCUUGGACGAGAUCCAGAUGAUGCUUAAAGGGGAGUUGGUGGAGCAGAAGGAGAAGAAGAAACAGAAGAAGAUUGACGAGAAUAGAGUGUAGCUGUUUGUAAAUAAAUUUUUGUUGUAACAAU